AUGUCGGCCGGCGGAGCGCCAAUCCCAUCGACCCCCAACCCUGCUGUGUCCUUCCCGGCACCCAGGGUCACCCUACCCGUGGGACCUGAUAUCCUCCGUACCUACUCGGGAGCCUUCGUCUGCCUGGAGAUUCUAUUUGGAGGUCUUGUCUGGAUUUUGGUAGCAUCUUCCAAUGUACCUCUACCUCUGCUUCAAGGAUGGGUGAUGUUUGUAUCAGUGACAGCUUUUUUCUUUUCCCUCCUCUUCCUGUGUGUGUUCCUUUCAGGCAUGGUGAAUAGAAUUGAUGCCAACUGGAACUUCUUGGAUUUUGCUUAUCAUUUUGUUGUGUUCGUUUUUUACUUUGGAGCUUUUCUGUUGGAAGCAGCAGCUACAUCCCUGCACAACUUACACUGCAAUGUAACCAUGAAUGUACAGCCACUUUUGAAUGACAACCAGUACAAUGUAAAUGUAGCUGCUACGAUUUUUGCCUUUGUGACAACAGCUUGUUACGGUUGCAGUCUGGCACUGGCUUUACGAAGAUGGCGACCAUAA